AGUACAUAAGUUAUGAUGGUAGUGACAUGUCCUUUCCUUCCCUUGAAAUUUUCCACCUUAAUAAUUUGCCUAAGUUCAGGGGAUGGUUGAGGAUAAGGGAAACAGUAACAGCAGAGCAUGAGCCACAUCAUUAUCUUCCAUUAUUUCCUUGCCUUUCUUCUUUGAAAAUCAAGAAUUGCCCUAUAAUGUCUCUAAUACCAGUCAUAGCACCAGGGAGCCAAGCAACAAUCUCAUCUUCCCCUUCCCUUUCCACUCUCUCCAAAUUGAAAUCUCUUAGUCUUUGCCGUUUAGAAGAACUUGAAUCUCUACCAGAGGUGUUGCUGCAAAACCUCACUUCUCUUGAGACUCUGCAGAUUUGGGGGUGUUGUGAACUGCAAAUAUUCAUGUCUCCACUCUUGCAACAUCUCACUGCGCUUGAGGAUUUGCAGAUUUCUAACUGCAAGGAACUUAUCAGCAAUGAGAAUAAAGAGAGUGCACAAUGCCUUGGACCUACAACACUUCGUUAUCUAUAUGUAUUAAAUAUUACAAGCUUGGUGUCUCUCCCAUGGGAACUUAGACAUGUUACCACUUUGCAAACGCUCGACAUUGAGAACUGCCCCACACUGAUGUCUUUACCAGAAUGGAUAGGAGACUUCACUUCACUUUCGGCACUUCAGAUUCACAACUGUCCCAAUUUAAUAUCACUGCCUGAAGGGAUGCAUCGCCUCACCUCUUUACGUCACUUGAUGAUUAUGAGGUGUCCUCGCUUGGAUGAAAGAUGUGAAGAAGGAACCGGCGAGGAUUGGCCAAAAAUUGCUCACAUCCCAAACUUCUCGACUCGGCGGUUGAUCUUUAAAGCAAUUGGGUGAGUUUGAGAGAGAGACAUGCAUAGAAAAGCAGAAAUUCAUGAAAUGGGGUGUGAGAAUCAUUGGGGGAUUUCUGCAAUAUGCUCGGAUAUGUUAGCUUCACUUGUAGACAAAACAAUGAACACUAUACAGAGCACUUCCAUGAUGAGGAAGUUCGGGGUGAGUAAUGUUGCAAGAAUGACAAUGAACUGAACCUGUGAAAAGCACCUUAUUCAAAUUCUACAAAAGGUCGUUCAAAGAAUGCCUGCUUGUCAUCAAGUCUAAUUGGUUGUUUGUUGUGUUCCAAGGGUGCUGAUUGGAACGGAUGAUCAUGCAUGUUAGCCAACCACUCUGUUAUUGCAGUACUUUUGUUAGUGCUGCCUUCGCAAUUUAUAUUCACUGACGCCUAUGAAAGCCUGGAUUAUAGUAAUCUUACUACUUUCAAGGCUGGAUGGAAUGAUAUACUUAGGAUGAACCAGAAAACAAGCUUGAAUCUGAAAUAAGAAGAGUUUUUCAGGAUUCAACUUUUGAUCCGAGAAGAAAAUCAUAUCUUAUUGAAAAUCUAUUGAACAAAUCGGUUUAUGGCGUGACACUGAGGGGCCAUUUUAUGCAUUUAGCUUGCUUCCAGAUCUAUAUUUUAUUCAAUUCUUUGCUUUGGUUACUAUACUGAUGGUCUGUUCCAAUAUUUUGCUAUGUAAGGAAAUUGACUUUUGUCCGGGCUUCAUG